AUGUUCAUCAUAACUAUAAGCGCUUUAUUCUUGAUAAUUCAUCAAGGACAAUGUGCCAUGAAAGCUACAGCUAUUCUAUAUGGUGAUAAUUCAAUAACGUCUUACGGUACUUUGACAUUCAAACAAGAGAACGCUACUACAUCUGUUGUUAUUACUGGUAUACUUUCAGGACUCAAUGCUAGUAGUGCACAUGGUUUUCAUGUUCACGUAUAUCCAGUCUCAAAAAGUGCGCCUAACUGCACAGCAGCUGGUGCUCACUUUAAUCCUUACAAUACGACUCAUGGACCACGUACGGCUGAUAUAACAAAACGACAUGUUGGAGAUCUUGGAAAUUUAACAACUGAUGAAAAUGGUACUGUUAGUAUUAAUAUGGAAGAUUCGAUUAUUCAAUUAUAUAAUGCAACACAAUCGAUUCUAAAUCGAACUAUUAUUGUACAUGGUUUUCGUGAUGAUGGUGGUCAAGGAGGAUAUAGUGAUAGUAAUACAACCGGAAAUGCUGGUGCUCGAGUUCUUUGUGGUCUUAUUGAAACAUCAAAUACAUUAAUUAUCAAACCAACUAUAUUCGUAUACUAUAUAGCGAUAAUAGUUGCCGUUAUAAUUUUAUUAUAA